CAACAAUUGGUAAAUAACAAACCAAUUCAGAAAUAUUUCAAAUUCCAAAUUCAAUUUACAACUACUAUACCGGAUUGAUCAUCUGGUUUUUAUUUAAUUAUAGUAGAAUUAGUUUAGAAUUUCUCAAGUUUGCCGUGUGAUUUGAGAAUAUGUUUUAGAUGAUUAGUUGGCAUUGCUUAGGACUAAGUUCUUUAACUCAUUCGAUCAAAAACAUAAUAAUUAUAAUUAUAGGUAGACACCCAUGAAUGAUUAAAUACAUUAACUCUUUAUAUAAGCCAAAAAUGGAAAUUUUGCCGAAAAUAAGAACACAUGUUGAUAUCAGGAUUCGAACCCUGGCCAAGAGCUUAUGCAAAGGCUACUCUACCGAUAGACUAAAGACACACAUUGCUAAUAUAUGACAAACGUUAAACAUAUAUAUGAACCGCUCGGGAAGAUUUAAUUGCUUCUUCUUCCUUUUUAAAAAGGGAAAACUCGACCCUUCCUCUUCUAUAUUUCAACUGCCUUUCAAUCCAAUCUCCUCGCCAUGGCUGAUCAAAAUCCUUCUUCCUCUGUUCGAACUAGGAUUCAGAGGUUUAUCGAGAUUGAUCACGCAUAUGGAGAACACUUCCAAUUCCGAUCGCGAGCCCCGUUCAAGUCGUUUGAUGAACGUCUACAAGAAAGUCGAUUCAUAUUCUCCGGGACCGUCCCGCCAAUCGGGGGUUACUCUAGGCGUCAUCACAGCCACGAAGCCACCAUCGGGUAUCGCUCUCUUUGUCUCCGUGGUUUUGUGGUUCAAGGUUCUCUAGAUCCUAGGAAUCGUCUUUUAGAGGAUGUCUUUAGGGUUAUUGAUAACAUAGGGUGGUGUUACACGGUGUUGCAUGUGAACCCGUUCUGUCCUAGAGUUGUGAGAGAUUUCAUCUCUAACAAACCAUUCAACAAGGAUGGAGCUCUUAUUCGGGGAUUUGUGUACCGUUUCUCCCCGACGGUGAUCAACCAAUUGAUGAUGACACCGUCUGUUGAACACUCCUUUCAGUGGAAAGAUGUUGUGCUGAAGCAGGCAAUCACACACCUCACCGGGGGUCAAUGCUUUGGAUGGACGGGAUUCAAUCUAAAUGCUCUGCUCAAUCCCUUCCAACUUCUGUACCGUGUGUGUGAGCGUAACUGGCUUCCAGGUCCGGAUUCUGAUUUGAUGAUGAAAAAGCGUCUCCGCCUCCUGUAUGCUGUGUCCAAAUGCAAAGAAAUCGACUUUGGCCAGCUUGUGUACGAACAAGUUAUCGACAUGGCCCGUGUAACAGAUUUGGAGACAGGCUUGAUAUUUCCAAAUCUGAUUUAUCAGCUCUUGGUGCUUCAAAAAGAAGUCCCUCUUUUACCGGGAUAUGAAGAACCUAUUGGAAGAGGUGUCCCCAUCUAUGGCUCAGAAAGUGGAAGGAGUGAAGGAAGUGGUCCGAGGGGACGUAGAAGACUAUGUUAGUGUAAUAGCCAAGUGUUUUUUUUUGUGCAAAGUCCAUCGUUCUCUCAUGAAUGUAGCUAACGUAUGAUCUUUUUGGUAAGUAACAUGUGUCUGGAUCCUCUUCCGAAGGUUGUAAUCACAGUGACAGUUACGUUUUUUUUAUGAUGUCAUUGUAUAAAUGAAAAUGUUGUUUGGUAUGAGAUUAUCUUUUCAGUUGUUUCUAUUACUACUCUUUUUGUUCCACCAUUGUUGAGAUGAAUUUAUUGUUGUUAGAAAGAGAACAUAUUGUUGCUAGAUUCCUGGCUUUGUUAUAAAGAAGCAGUAUGAAGAGGUGCAGAAUCUUGGCUUUGGUCGAUUCUAUACAGUAUGUGUUUGCUGCCAAAUCCCGAGUCAAAACUCUACACAGUCAAAGCAGUUGUACUUGGAGCAACAUAUAAACCCUCGAUGCGAGGAAUAAGAAGAAGUCAUGGCUGAGACUUGAUAUAUUCCUAAAUUAUUUAUGAUUACUUAAGCUAUUCUUUUUGUUUUUAAACAACCCAAUAUACUUGAUUUUUUAGAGUUUUGAAAAAUACGACUCUUUCAUUCCAAACAAUAGGAUUCUUAAUUAUCUGCACUUUUCAUUUUUGGAUAGUUAAAACUACAUCAAGUAUAGCUAUUUUUUUAUAAUGCUAUGAAUGCUUUGUUUUUGCUUUAUUUAAAAAUUUGGUUUUAGAUUUUUAUAAUUUAUAUCAUCUAAACAAAAUUAGUAUUUCUAUGGUAUCAAUUUAUUUUAAUAUGUGAUUCCAUAUAUUGCAAUUUUGGAUCCUUCAUGUACGGUCCCUAUAAUUAUUUUUGAAUAACAUAAUUAGAACCAUAUUUCAUAUUUGAUUGAAGGAAACUUCAAAAAAAAAAAAAAAUUAUACCAUUGGAUUGGAAUGAUUCAACGGUUUAGAUUAGUAGUCUAGGUUAUCCUCACCAUUGGCUCCCAUUGGUCGAACCCAUUGGAAGUAACGCCGCAUCUUCUUGAUAUGUGGAGUCAUCCUAUAGAUUCCACUACGCUAAUCCAUUCAUCUCUUACCUCAACCCACCACAAGUCUCUCUCAUAUGUCAUAAUCCAUAUCAAGCCACCACAAUCCUAUCCCAAUUCUGUUCCAAUCAACACGAGUUAGAUUAUAGCAUUAUCUUAAGCAGCUACCAACUCUGAUGGAAUCAAAGAAGCAGUCAACACAGCUCAACUAGUCACAACAACCGCCAGAUCAAUUAGCGGUUAGCACAGCUCAGCCAGCCACAUCAAUAACCACUCAAGGAAGCUCAACCUCGGGAGUAACUAAUGUAUACAAGCUAAGCAAAGCCGAGCUCAAACGCUACCAAUUGACACGCAUUGAGGAACCAGAAGAACACAUUGAUCCAGACUACUUGCGUUAUUUGAAAGCAAUAGGUGCGUACGACUCAUCUCAACCGCAGUCAGAACGAGGAAAGGGUCAGGGUCGUGAACACAUCGACCCAGACUACUUGCUUUAUUUGAGAGCAAUUGGUGCGUACGACUACAUUCAGCAACAGCCAAAACGAGGAAAUGGUCGUGGUCGUGAGGGUCGACGCUAACACAUCCACCUAAUAUUCCUAAUGUUGUGAUAUUUGCAUCACCACUGCUUCGUAAUAUUUUAUUUGCUUCAGUAUGCUAUUUUGCUUGGUAUGGAUAAUUUGAUUCUCUAUGUUUGAUUUGCUUCAGCA